CGGACUACACUAUAGCUCGAGCAGUCCAUGUAUGGUCGAAGGUUUCGCGUCUGUGGAACUACUUCGUGCCGCGCACGCGCAGAGGGCGCCAAGCGGCAAAUCGACCCGCGAAAACGCGAGCCAAUCAGCGACGGCGUACGAGUCGGUUGGUAGCAGACGACGCGAGCACAGGACCGUAGACCGUAGAGAUCAGUCCGCGUUUGUCCGCGUCCGUGUUCGUAUCUCCUUCAGGGUGGUCACAGGAUGUAAUCGUCCUCUGUACGUUCGAUUCGAUCGGUUACCGUCACGUGUUCUCGCGAGUUUGUCAAUCGAGAAGCACACGACGACAGUCCACUGGUACCAGGACAACGAUAAGCGAGGGAGCCGAGAAGUAUCGACGCCUGAAGCUGGAGUUGCUGCAGGAGGUGCGAUAGAUGCAUCUUUGAAUCCUGACAGCGGGGCAUAUAUGUCCGUUGGAAUUCGACAUGAGUACAAGAGGAAGACCGUGCAUCGGGAGAAGAUGACACCCCGUCGCCACGUAUUCGCGGCGAUUAGGCGAGCGCUCGUCGUCGCUGGCAUCGUGACGUUGCUGGUGUUGGCGCUGUCGAGCCAGGAUGCUGGGAACACGGUGCACCAGAGCCUUUUGUUGGAGGAGGAUUCGAACCUAACUCCAGAGGAGAAACUGAUGGAGGAAGCGACGAACGCCGAAACGGAGCGUCGACUGGACGCUAGGAGGAAGUUCCUGGCCGAGAAGUGCGCUGAGGAAGAGCUAGACAGGCCUGGAAACGAUUCCCUGCACAGGCCUAACGCUUGGGAGUUCCUUGUAAAUAAAGAGUAUCACUUGAUAUGGUGCAACGUCUUCAAAGCGGCGUCUACGUCUUGGAUGUACAAUUUUAAUUUACUCGCUGGGUACAGUCCACAGUUCUUGAGGGCCUCCAAAGCUGUACCUGUGUCCCUGGCAAGGCAAAGGUAUCCCAGGCACACAGCCGAAGAGCUCUCCAAGUUCCUAAACGAUAGUAUCAGCUUCCUGAUUGUCAGGCAUCCAUUCGAGAGACUGCUCAGCGCUUACAGAGACAAGCUGGAGCACAGCUUACCGCACACAUUUCACAGCAACCUAGGGGCUCACAUAGUCUGGCACUACAGGUCCAGGGAUCCAAAGACAAACGGGCGACACGGUCCAAGGUAUCCGCUGUUCGAGGAGUUCGUUCGAUGGCUGCUCUGUCAAUGGAGAGCUGGCAACGAGUUAGACAUGCAUUGGACGCCAGUUGUGAAUUUCUGUACGCCGUGUCAAGUCCGAUUCGACGUGAUCGCGAAAUUCGAAACGCUUCACGAAGAUCAAGAUUAUCUAAUAAAGCAAGCGCACGUGGGUCACAUUAUCAAACCCGAAUGGAAAAACCCCACGAGAGGUGUCCAAACGAAGGAUGUAAUAAAGAAUUAUUUCGCUCAAUUGUCCAAAUCGCAAAUCAAAGAUCUCUACGAGAUGUUUAGGUACGACUUUGUGCUUUUCGAUUACUCUCCCGCUGAUUACAUUGCGCUUGGGAGAGACGAGGACACCGAACUGAUUUGUAAAAAAUAAUGCCUGUUGUUUCGUACAUAGAUUGCAAGCGUGUCGACGCUUGACUUUUUUUUCUUCUUUUUACGUGUUGUCGGUUACAACGAAAAUAUUAGAUAAGGUAUAACGUUCGUUGGUAUAACGAAUUAAUUCGUAGCGUUAUCUACCUGUUGAGGUAUCGCGAGAAGAGUACUCGACUGUUCGAGUCGGUGAUACUUGCGCGAGCACUGCUACUGCAUUUAAACUUUUGAUAAAUAACGAAUGUCGCGGUCUAUUAAAUUGUUAGGAUCUAUGAGAACCUUGACAAAGAUUAUUUGUAAAUUGUUACAAGGCGAUGAGAGAACAUUUUUAAAGGUCUUGUACGCAUAGGAGUAUCCCAUCGCUUGCGUACUCGAGCUACACACACCAAUUAACGAUGUAUUAUGAAUUUAUUAAUAGGAAUUAAGUGCAUUGUGAUCAUCCUUUCUCUAAGCGAAUACUUGCAUUCCUGUAGAUAGAAUCUACCUUUCUUUAUUUCUGAUCGCGUGAGUUAUAUAAAUAGUAGGAUGCAUUACCCGGGUAUCAAGGGUUUUUGGUUAACGCGAAAACCUAUGGUUCGUCGGUUGCUAUAGUACAAUACAUUAGUUAUAGUCCCAUUAGUCGCGAAACAUAUUUGAGUUUUUCCCGAUUCUCUAUGUGUAUAUCUGUGUAUAUGUAUAUAUACAUAUGUUGAUAUAAACGUUGUUAUCAUAGUUAUUAUUACCAUUGAUGGAAUGGUAAUAGUACUGCCUCAAAAGAAUGUAGCAUAUAAUUGUAGCGGUAAGAUGUAUCAAAUUAUACGACUUCCAAAUGCAAGAACAUAUAGAAAUAUAUACAUUUCAAUUUUUCUAAUACUUAUUUACACUUAUUAAAAUAAUAUUUGAGUUGCAUAGAAUUACAUUGUCAUGAUAUCGUGAACUUUAUUACAGAAACGUACUUAAGUCUAUGACGAUACAUUUACGAAGAGACAAUGUCUCGAAAUCGUGGGAUUUUAUGUAAAUAAUAUGAAUAAUAAUUCAUUGUAAAAUGGAAAGAACUUAAAGAACAGACACGGUACGGUAGACUUCAAUCCUUUAUAAUUUUAUAAAUAAUAAGUACAAAAUGACAAUAAUUAUUUUGGCAAAUAAAAAGUGUUUCAAACAAGCA